AUGAGUCUGGGACAGUUGACAUCCUCGGAGUUCCUCUCCUGCACUCCGUAUCCCGAGACGGUCACUCGCACUGCCACGACGACGGAGACUUUCACCACCACCUACUGCGUCACCUACCCGGCUGCGUGCCCGACCAGCGAGUGGCUCGCGACCUACACGGUCGUUGAGGUGUGCACCGGCAACCCGGCUACCUGGGUUACACCAGGUGUUCCCCCCAACUUCGCCGUCACCACCGUCACCUGCGAUGUUUGCGAGCACCAGACGCAAACCAUCACAGCCCCGGUUGUCCCGGCUGCGGCUACGGGCACUGUCACUGUCAACGGCAACGGCGUCACAAUCACUCCUGCGGCAACAACCGGCGUUGUGGUUGCAACCAGCCCGCCAGGCGGUGGUGUCGUCACUGCUGGCGCCCCGUCGCUGAAGAGGAGCUUGGGUCUGAUGGCGGGAGUUGCUCUCGCCCUCGGCCAGUUCAUGCUGUAA